AUGAAGAUGCCUUACUUGAUAGUGGUCCUCUCGCUUACUUUCCCUAUCGCCACCUUGUCUUUCCCUCGAGAAACAGCCAUCAAUAAUCUAGUCCAGCCUACUCAUGUUGUAACGGCAGGACCACCUGGCGUCACCGAGGAAGGGUCCCUCCGGUGCUUUGAUGGAGCUACCGUCCUGCAUACAACAGAUUGUACGGUGGGCACACCAGUCUCCUUCUGCUACAAGUCCCAGGCACCGAUCACCUGUGACGAAGGAUACUUCCCCUCAGUGUGGCAUCCCGAUCAUUGCAUGCAGGUGUCUACCUGCUUCCCCACAGAUGCAGACUGGAUUACCACCGAAUGCUCUAAUGGCGCGUUGCCAAUUUCGACUGAAACACUAUACAGUGGAACAUUGGCUGGAGGAGAUGAUGCUAUGAUAACUUCUGUCGCUUGCGCAUGCCCGUCUGAUCAAUGGUAUAGCGUUACUACUAUGGACGGGGCUUCUAGCUUCGAGACGUACUGUAUGCCCACUCGAUCCUGUCCACCUGGUAUGACAACGUCUUUGAGUAUCAAUGAGUACUGUGCAACUGCGUCAGCAGACAUUUGCUCAGAUUUACCCGCCCAGGCAGAUCGUUGUGAAUGCGCGGAUCAGGAAAUGACUCCUGUAUAUCCCGAUGGUCCUGGUGCGACUGCUACUGGGUGUGAAUAG